ACCGUGUCAUUGCAAUGUCCUUCCCCUCCUCUGGGAAACAGGCCUUCUACAGAAAUCCAAUCAGGGAAGUUGCCAGGUUUCUAGACACGAAACAUGGGGGCCACUACAAAGUUUACAACCUGUGCAGUGAAAAGGGGUACGACCCCAAGUUCUUCCACUACAGGGUUGAACGAGUCUUUAUUGAUGACCACAAUGUGCCCUCCUUAGAAGACAUGCUGAAAUACACAGCAAGUGUGAGGGAGUGGAUGUCUGCUGAUCCUACAAAUAUCAUUGCUAUUCACUGCAAAGGAGGGAAAGGACGCACAGGUACUAUGGUGUGCACAUGGCUCAUUGACAGUGACCAGUUUGAAAGUGCUCAGGACAGUCUGGAGUAUUUUGGUGAGAGGAGGACAGACAAGAGUCAGAGCUCCAAGUUUCAGGGAGUUGAGACUCCCUCACAGAGCCGUUAUGUCGGAUACUAUGAGAUCAUGAAGAACAAGUACAACCGCCAGAUGCCUCCACCUAAAAGCCUGAGGAUAAAAAGCAUCCGGAUUCACUCAAUAGCAGGUGUGGGGAGGGGGAAUGGCAGUGAUCUGAGUGUGAAAAUAAUAGUGAAGAAAGAAUUGGUCUUCGAGUGUGUGUGCGCCAAGCAGAAGAACUGCAAGGUAUUUCCUGACGUGGGCAGCAAUGCUGCAGUAAUCAGCCUGCAGGAUGGGCCUAUGGUUGAAGGGGAUGUCAAGGUUAUGUUUGAAUCGAGUGCAGGUCUUCCGAAAGGAUAUGAAGACGUUCCUUUCUACUUUUGGUUCAAUACGUCCUUUGUAACAGAAAACAAGUUGUUUCUGCCCAGAGAAGAGCUCGACAACCCACACAAGUCUAAAACCUGGAACCUAUACAAAGAGGAUUUUGGUGUCACCAUGUUCUUCUCAGAAUCUGAUUAAAGCCACAGUACAGAGAAAAGACGAACCAAAAAGAGGUGUAAUUUGGAAAAGGCUGUGAAGAAAUCAGCAACAUAAAUACUAAAUAGUUUGUAAUAAACUGUCCAAACCCCUAGACCUUUUGUUUAGACAUUGGUAAGAACUGGAUCCACCCGAUUAAAAUCACUACAGUAUUGCUUUGAUGUGUUUUGACUCUUAAAUCUGAAGUGUUGGAACCUUUAUGAUUAAACCAGUGGUAAAUCAAACUCA